GGCGGGGGCGCGCUGGGCUGCGAGGCCUGCGCGCUGGGCUGCGGGAGACAUGCGGCGGGCUAGGAGCGCUGUGGCUACCAAACCGCGCGGGCAGAAGCGGUCGGGUGCCUCCGGGACCCCAGUGGUCGCCUCCUCGGGUCCCAGCAACAGCCGGGCACGGCGCUCCGCGAGCAAAGCCGGGAGCGGGAGUCCGGCAGCCACCAGACAGCCGUCGGCGAAGCGGCGGCCGAAGCCUUCGCUGCCGCGGGCCCAGGAGGCGGGCCCGGAGGAGCCGCCGCCGCCGCCGCCGGCUGAGCAGGCGUUGCUCCCGACGCCACCGCCGCCUCCGCCGACCCCCGCGACCCCGACGUCCUCGGUGUCCACGCUGGACCUGGGCGAGCAGCGGGAGCGCUGGGAGACGUUCCAGAAACGUCAGAAGCUGAGCUUCGAGGGCGCCGCCAAACUCCUGCUGGACACCUUUGAAUACCAGGGCCUGGUGAAGCACACAGGAGGCUGCCACUGUGGAGCAGUUCGUUUUGAAGUUUGGGCCUCAGCAGACUUACAUAUCUUUGAUUGCAACUGCAGCAUUUGCAAGAAGAAGCAGAAUAGACACUUCAUUGUUCCAGCUUCUCGCUUCAAGCUCCUGAAGGGAGCAGAGAGCAUAACAACUUACACAUUCAAUACACACAAAGCCCAGCAUACCUUCUGCAAGAAAUGUGGUGUUCAGAGCUUCUACACUCCCCGCUCCAACCCUGGCGGCUUUGGAAUUGCCCCACACUGCCUGGAUGAAGGCACCGUGCGGAGUGUCAUCACUGAGGAAUUCAAUGGCAGCAAUUGGGAGAAGGCCAUGAAGGAGCACAAGACCAUCAAGAACAUGUCUAAAGAGUGAGCUUCUGCUUCUGCCUUCCUGCAAAGGAGGAAAGAGUGGGGCCAGCAGCUCUCUGGCCCCUGGGGCCCUUCAGUGGGUGCCUUUGAUGUGGCUGAUCCCAGGCUGGUGGCCUGUGGUCACCUUGGUUUCUCUAGUUUGCUCUAGCUACCAGUUUCUUUAGGCAGCUCUUUGUCCUUCCUCAGCCCGAUUUUGAUGUAGACUAGUUGACCCUUUUCCUUCUUUUCCCCAACUUUUGUGUGAUCUUUUGGAAAAUAAAUAUUUUUAACAUUA